CGAGUUGGGUGGCUCUUUCCAUUUCAAGCUCUCUCUAUCUCUUGUGUCUACAAUUUCUUUUGUCUUUCAAUUAUUCAUUCAUUCCUUCUUCUUCUUCUUCUUCGUCUUUGUCUGCAUAGUUAGAGACUCAACACCCUUUAGAUAUCUCCAAAAAAUAAACAAGAUAAAACCAGUAAAAUAAACAUGGGAUGGCUGCCUUGUUCCGGUAAUUCAAACAAGAAAGCCAAAGCCAAGGCCAAGAACAAAAUGAAGAUGAACCAGAAGCCUGUUGAUCGGAUCAGUUCUGUUACUGAGAAAUUGAAGACAGAUUCCUCCUGGAGUGUUAAGGAGGCAUCUCAAAAUGGAGGGUCCGACCACAUUGCAGCCCAGACACUUACAUUCCGCGAGUUGGCAACUGCAACUAAAAACUUUAGAGCAGAAUGUCUCUUGGGUGAGGGAGGUUUUGGUAGAGUGUAUAAAGGGCAUUUAGAAAGUACUAGUCAGGUUGUAGCUAUCAAGCAACUUAAUCGUAAUGGGUUGCAGGGUAACAGAGAAUUCCUUGUUGAAGUAUUGAUGUUAAGUUUACUUCACCACCCUAACUUGGUUAAUCUAAUUGGUUAUUGUGCUGAUGGAGAUCAAAGGCUUUUGGUUUAUGAAUAUAUGCCUUUAGGAUCUUUGGAAGACCACUUACAAGAUAUUUCACCUGGUAAGAAACCACUUGAUUGGAAUACAAGAAUGAAAAUAGCUGCUGGAGCAGCGAGGGGGUUAGAGUAUUUACAUGACACAGCUAAUCCCCCUGUUAUAUAUCGAGAUUUAAAAUGCUCAAAUAUUUUGCUUGGCGAAGGAUAUCAUCCAAAGCUCUCUGAUUUUGGCUUGGCUAAACUCGGGCCUGUUGGAGAUAACACCCAUGUCUCUACCAGGGUUAUGGGCACCUACGGAUACUGCGCUCCAGAGUAUGCAAUGACUGGUCAACUGACUUUAAAAUCAGAUGUGUAUAGCUUUGGAGUUGUUCUUCUGGAAAUCAUUACUGGCAGGAAAGCAAUUGACGCUUCAAAAGCUGCAGCAGAACAGAAUCUGGUUGCAUGGGCAAGACCCUUGUUCAAAGAUCGAACAAAAUUCUCACAUAUUGCUGAUCCAGAGCUCCAAGGUCAAUUUCCUUCAAGGGGCUUAUACCAAGCUCUUGCUGUUGCGGCAAUGUGUGUCCAUGAGCAGCCCGAUAUGCGACCGGUUAUUGCUGAUGUUGUCACUGCUUUGACUUACCUUGCUUCUCAAAAAUAUGACCCUGACACACAGAUGGUCAGAAGCCCCCGCCUGGCCCCUGUUACCCCUCCCAGAACAAAGAGAGACAGAGAUAAAAAGCACAGUGGUGGUAGCGGAUCUGAAAGAGAUCGAACCAGAAGAUUAAGUUAAGAUUGGUCGUGUAAUUGGUGAAAAGUUGCGUGCAUUUCUAAUAUUGAUUAGGCUACUUUCAUGCCUGCCAUGGAAAUUGCUUUGGGAAGACUGAUUGAUGCUUCAAGAAUUUUUGUGUUCUUGAACGUAAAGAGUCACAAGGCUAAGGAUUUUGGUGUCAACGCUUUAUGGCUGCAUUAAGAAGAUUUUAUCAAAUUUUGUAUAAAGCCAAAUAAGAGGUGUGUUUUUUAUUAAUUUUACUGUUAUAUUUUUGUUAUUGGAGAAUAUUUGCACCUCCUUUUUCAGAAUAUACAUGUAAACCCAACUUGGAUUUUUCUUUUUUUUUCA